AUGCUGGCCACAACCCGCGGGCUGGGGCGUGCCGCCUUCCUGGCCAAGCAGCGCGGGCUUGGGUGCGCGGGUCGUUGGUCUUCCUCCGAGCUGGAGUUUACAAUCGCACCGUAUCAUGAUGUGCCAGCACUGGGCUAUGAGAGAUCCGACAAAUUCUGCAUGAUGACUCUGAGAUACCCAGAAUUCCAAUCGUUGCCGCUGGAAGAGCGACGAGCUGUCUAUGAUCGCAAGCGGAAGCGUCGGGCCGAGUUCAUUGAAGAGUUGUUCGACCGCUUCGAUGCUGACAGCUCUGGCAGCUUAGAUAAGGUGCAGCUGCAAAAUGCGCUGCGGGAAAUCGGCCUUGCUUGGGACGAUGGCAGCAUCCAGGACAUCCUCCACAGGAAGGACACAGACUCUUCUGGAACCAUCUCCCGAGAAGAAUUUCCAGAGGUGGUGAAGGAGGCCUGGGGGAAGAUCCCGGACUUGGCCUUCUCGGACCGGCUCUCGGAGAUUCACCAAGGUCACCAGGGCGUGGAGCCACUCUGUGGCAACCGGGCUGUGAUGUUCAUUGGCCGCACAUCCCCCGCUGGCUGGGCGCUGCGGAGUGUGCGAAAUAUGUGGCCGCAUGCGCUGCGCCGCUGUCAAAUUUUUCAGAACGUCUGUGACAACCCGGACAUGAACGCGGAGCACAUGAAAGCCUGGAUGUCGGACUACAACUCCGCGCCAGAGAUGCAUGUGGAGGGCGUCGCGCGUGUGGCUGCCGAGAGCGGCACAACUUCCAAGGGUGGUCUGGUGGUUCGAUUGGACCCCGUGGAUGUGACGGAAGGCCCCGAGUUCGGAACGGGUUCUGCUUCAAGCGCAGAUUCUGGGCAGUUUGUUCUGGCCUUGCAGUGCGGUGCUGAUCGCCUGCUAGCAGAAUUCAGGCUGAUGGAGGAUGGACGCUUCCAGGAGCUGAACCUCCCCCCUCUGCAGAUGAAGGUAGGGUCCGAGGAGGAGAUGGAGACAUGGAUCGCCCUGUUAGCUGAGAAGAACAACAUCAAACUGAAGGACGGCAAGCACGCCAUCACGCUGGUCGUGGCCUGGUACACAUUUAGAGGCAAGCUGAUGGUCGAGCGUUACAGUUGCGAGAUGAUUGCUCACAGCUGGCAGCCUGAAUUUCCUGAGUUUGAGAGCGACACCAUGGGACGGACCUACACGCAGAACAAGGUGUCCUGGCUUGAUGAUGCUGAGGAAAACCUCGCGGAGAUCUGCCGGGCACUGAGCGUCCUUGCAGAAUUCGCAGCGACGAUCACCCCGGAGUUGGGUUUCAAUGGGGGCAGCAGGACCCGGAUCAUGGCCCACGGGGUGAGUACGGAGGACGACAAGAAGCAGCUGGCCCUACCUGCCCAAGGCAUUCAAGUAGAGGCUACCGUGCUCCAGGACCGUCUUCUCUUCAGGGACCAGCGGAAGGUUUGCAUAGUGCACUUCGUCGGAGACGGCGAUGGCACGCUGACCUUGCACCGUCCAGGCUCUGAGGACCUACAGGUGGAUUGCAAGGACGGCCACACACUGAUUUUCCGUCAUGACGUGCUGGACUACAGUUUCAACCCGACAAAGGGCCAGUUUGCUAUGCAGGUGUGGCUGCUCCGGGACCCACUUCCAGGUGAGUUGAUGGUGUCACGUGACCGCAGCUUCAAUGCAGCGGAGGAACAGAAGAGGAUACCUGCUGGCCCUCUGUACGGCACUGGGAACGAGACGGUGGACGUCAUUGGCAUGGCGGUCAGAGAUCCUGGGUCAACCAAUGGAAUCGAGGACUACUGGGCUGUUCUUUCUGGCGGCACAGACACCAUCAUUCGAGUUCCACUCCAGCGAUGGGACCUGGAGUUGUACUAUUCCCCGGAACCUGAUGCUCAAGCUGAGGGAAAGGGGUACAUCCAGCACUUCGGAAUGCUCUCAGAUGAGCAGAUGUCCAUGUUUGACAAUGAGUUCUUUAACCUGUCCCCGCAUGAGGUCAGGUUCCUGGACCCGGUCCAAAGGAAUUGCUUGGAAGUAGGCCAAGCUCGCACAUCGUAG